AAGGUUUACUUGGUUCAGAUUUACAUUGUGUGAUAAACCAUUUCAAGAAUUUCAAGGAUUUUUCCGUUUUCCAUUGACAAGAACUUUGUCGGUGUCCAAAUAUUUAUUGACCUGACUGUUGACAAUUUCUCUAAUUUGCCACCUACCAGAUGCAUUGCCAUAAUCAAAAGCAUGUUUGACAGGCUAAAUCACUUUAUCUGGGGAUGAAAUAUUAUGGCCUGCUACCUCCCUGUAGUUCCUGGAUAUGUUAAAUCUCCCAUAAGCUUCCCUGCCUAUAGAGAAACUAUAAUGCAUCUGGGACAUUAUGUCAUCAGUGGUAUCUAAGAGCAUUACCAAAGCAUGAAUUGUUCUCUGCUGGGCCAUUUUGCAAUGAGUAAUUCCUCAAGGACAUGCCAUUAUGCUUAGAUUCCUCGAUCUCUAAAAUCAUGGUGAAUCUCAUUCAAAAUGAAGGAUGCUGUUUGGACCUGCAUUUCUGAGGUUUGCUGCCUAAUCACUGAAAUGGCAUUCAAGCGGGGUUCUACAUGAGAAUGGCUUGCAGGUGAAUAAUUGCCUGAUGAACUUAAAUCAUUGCUAUCUGAGGUCAAAUAAACAUCGCUCUUUAGAACUUUCCCUUUUGUCAUUGCAUGCAUGUUGUGGGGCAAUCAUUAGUAUAGAAAACAGAUCAGUUUUCUGUUUUCUUUCAAUGAAGCUACAGGCAAUAUCAUUUACAAAGGUCAUUUUCUGUGUAAUUUAUUAAUUUAUGAAUUUGACAUUUAACCUGGUCAUGUAUCCUGAAUAACAGAAUUAAAGACUGCCUACAUACCUGGUCUUGUCAGUUUUCAUUGUCGUUUAAAAUUUUUCUCGCUGGGCCGCACUGUGUUGCUGUGGAUAGCACUGUUGCCUCACAGCAAGGUCCAGGGUUUGGACACUGCUGUUAAAGCAUGUGUGCUCAGUCUACAUACCCUGCAUAAAUAAAGGUUAAAGGUCCAAGAAACCUGAUUCAAAAUGUGGUUAUAUUACCCAGAAGUGACGAUUGUCUUCUUCUGUCAAGUUUUUACCCAAUUAUAACCAUAUAAUAAAUUUCAAUAAACGCUAUUAGAUUAGCGUGACCUUUUCAGCAGUUAAGGUCAGGGUGGGCGUGUAUCCUGCACUCAUUAAUGUUCAUAUCCAUAAGACAUGUCCUAUGUAAACCAUUCUUCAUUACUAGGUUAGAGCAUGUUGUUCCGUGCAGUAACAUUAGACUACCUGGCAACAUGAAAGAAAGCAAUGUAAGCUAGGCUUUGCCGUUGUAUAGAUAAAUCUGCAGAUCAUUCAAUGUGUAAUAGCACUGAGCACUCAAUUUUAUGAAAUUCAGUGUGCUUAACAGCUUUUAAACGUAUACUCAAAUAGCAUACUCAGUAGCAGGCAAGUGCAUGGAUUCGGACACAGAUAAAAUCAUAGUAGGUGGUAGUCUUCGGCUGUUUUGAAUGCUACGCUAGGCUCAAUACUAAGGACAUUAAUCAAGCUAAGAAUAUGAGCUUCUACAUAUGCUUGUGUGCAGUGCUUGAAGUGGAAAAAAUAAGUGCUGGUACUGAUAUAUGGAGUACCUGCAGGUUUCUAUGUUUCUAUAUUGCUAUCAAAAUUAUCGCUGGAUGGGGGCUAUUGACAGUUGCAUGACUGAGGGGAAGGGGGGUAAUACCGGAAAUUCCAGUCCAGACCUGUACAAUUCAUUUCAAAAUCACCAAAAUCAGGAAUCUACCAACCCUGUCCCCACCAUUACACACAUACUUAACAGCACAGCUUGUUUAAUGAAACCAAACAGUUUCCCACCUAUUUGAAGUUUACUCUGUCUCCCUUUUGCAUCAAACUCAUGCAAAACUGCCUCGCUCUCUAUUUUGAUGUCAUGAUGGAUGUUCAGUAAUGCAAGUCCAUUAAAUUAUUGAAGACACUAUGCUCCAUAAAUACGCUUAUUUCUGCAAAUGAUGCAAACUGCUGAAGGAAUGUUCCACAGAAGCAGUAGACACUGCCAUUAUUAGGCUGGAAACAUACUUGAAUUUUAUUGCACUAUGUGUUUUUAAAAAUCUAUUUAGGAAGCCAUCCCUUCUGACUUCCUAGCAUCUGUCACGUCACUAGGCAGAAAAUGUAUACUGCCCCCACGGUUAACACAGAUAUUGCACCUUGCGGGCGUGUCCCAUUAAUUUUUGAGGACAUGCAUGAAGAACGCUCUGUAUGACCACAGGAUGCGCAUGACAGCAAUCUUGCAUAAUUUAAAUCAGGUAUGUUUCCAGCCUUAGAAGUAUCCUCUGCACAGUGUAUAUUUGGCUAGCUGCUGGCUAUGGUGGAGCUGUGGUAGAGCUUGCACUGUUAGCCUAGACUGCUGAUAUGUCCCCCUCCAAUUUGUUCCUUUUCUGGAAAAAUUGAAAUAAACUUGUUUUUCGUGUUUGCUAAUUAUUUGUUUUUCUCAUUAUUUCCAUUAUUUCGUCAUGAUUUUAAAUAAUCUUGCUUUCGUCUUAGUUACUGUUGAAAUCUACGAGUCAGUCGCUCGCUCUCUCACCAACCACUGCAUCUAGUAUUUUGUCAGUUUUAUCAGUAACUAAUCAGGAGUCUAACAUGAAAAAUAACAAGCCUAUCAUCAACUAUUAUUUUUAGAAAAGGCUUAAUGGCAGAUGUCAAGCAGCAGUCACUUUAAAACAGGGAAAUUCAGCCUGUGCCUUUUUGCAGUUUUACUGAUAGGAUGGAAAAAGAUUGAAAUACUUUGUUCCAUCUGCGUAGGCUUGAUGAUAUGCACUGUGUGUAGGCUACUGGUGUACGGUUGCAGGGGCCACUGCUCAUAUGAGCAAAAUCUAGAAGUUCCUGUCCAUUUGGGAACUUCCCAUUUUUGAGGCAAGCUAACGUUGAAAAGACAAGUAACGUUGAAGCUACCAGCAUUUACAGAAAAAUAGCAUUGGCUCAAGAAAGUCAUUUAACAAGUUGUUUAGCAAACGUUUUACAAGCAGUUUGCAAAUCGUGUCAAAUGGAUAGGUUCAGAAUUGUAAAUUGGGAGGCAUCAGCUGUUGUCAGAAUUCUAAUCUCCUAAACGGCACAGUAUGAGCUUACCUUUAACGUAAUUUAAUAUGUAAAGUUUGCAAAUGCAAACCGGCAGCCCAAAAUGUAUAGUCUUAUGGGUAAAUUACUAUAGCGUGCCUAGAUCCACUAACAAGUGGCGGCAAUAAGAAGUACGUAAUCAUUCGCAUACUGCUUGUAUGUGCUGAUAACUUUUGCUACUUACUGCUGCUAUUAAAAACAAAUAAAUAAAUGAAUAAUAAUGAUAAUUUCCAGGUGGUCGCUAGUAUGUCCUUUUUUGAUCCCGGUGUCAAUGGGUUGCUUGCAGUGGUUAAUUGGGUUAUUUAUUUGGACUUCCUGAUAUUCAGGAAACAACUGGUAGCUUGUUGCACACAUAGCUUUUACCAGAUAGCAUAAGCCACACAGCCAGGGCAGCCAGGCUACACAUAGUCUAUUUAGGCCUCACAUAAUGUUAGCAUGGCCAACGUUUAAUCAAGGAUCACAGCUUGUGUUCUGUCUCCAUGCUGGAGGGAUAUUGGUAUGGUCCCCUCCAACAUGGUUCCCCUCCUCCCGGCGAGGCAUAUACAGUAUCAGUGUAUCCUAUCGCAAGUCUUUUCACAUUUCUGGGUGACAUCAUUGUGCUCAUGUCCACAGAGAUUGAAAGACCAUCCCACAGAAUCUAACACUAACCAAACUUUAGAAAGUGGAGAUGGCAGAGAACUUUAAUUUCCCGUUUUGCAAGAUAUUUAGCUAAAUGUGUGUCGGGUUCAGUAGAUUAUUGUCAGACAUAGCAUCUUAUCCAAAGGCUAGAUCCCCUACAAAAACAACCAAUUUGUUAACAAAAUGUUAGUUUAUCCUAUGGAAACAUUUGUCAAUUUUAAGAUGCGGAAGCAGGUUUAUUAUUUGCUAGUACAUGGAUGUUGCUUAAACAAACAAGACUCAAAAACAAAAAUAAGCAUGGCAGCUAUCUUUAUUUCAGUAUGUGAAUAUUCAUUAAUUAAUUUUUUAUAUUACCAACAAGUUAGAUUUCAGAUAUUAUAGUGGAAAUGAUUGUUUUUCAAAGUGAACACUGAGCAUUGAGAAACAAUAACUUGGAUAAAGUGAAGCAACAUAUUAAUUUCACUAAUCUGGAAUACGGAAAUAUUUCUGAAUUAGCCUGUGUAAGAUGCAAUAAACUGGAAAUACAAUGUGGGAUGUCACAGUAUAGCAUAUGGGGUGAAUUAGUGGUCUAUAUGAUCAGACCUCGCACACAUCUGGAUUCUGGAAUAAUUGUUAUUUUUGUAUACUAUGAUGUGUUUACUUUGAUCUAAUGUUGCUGAUUGCGUGUUGAUUGGCGUCUUGACGUGAACCUCAGUGCCAGGUUCAUUUUUGUACAGGCUACUGUAGCCUGCAUGCAACUACUUGUACUUGAAACUUACAAGCUUUUUUUGCAGCUUUAAAUGGACUGACCAUGUGUGAUCUGUGAUUGGCUACGGGAUCUGUGAUCGGCUAUGGGACUACUUGUGGACUCAGUAAAAUAUAACCAUUAUGAUACAGUUAUUUCAUCAAUAGCUGACAUUGAAUUUGAUGAUGGAGAAAGAGAUUAACUGUCACAGUUGUCUUCAUGCCUCCUCGUUCUCUCCUUUCCUCCACUCGUCUCAUCCCCUCCCUUCCUCCACAUACUUCCGGGGAGGAGAUGAGUGGCAGUGGGGGAAUGAAAGGAGGUGGUGAUUGAAAAGUAAUGGGAUGCACCCUAAGGGUCAGACCUCUCCUAUGCUGCUCAUUGCCUGUGUUGCUCUUUGUAUGCUCUGCUGCUCAAAGAAUUGCUGUUCACCCUGAACCACCCCGGCUUCUACCUGUUGCUUGGAUAUGCUUUCAUGUGCUAGAGGGGUUAUGGUAAAUCCACAUAUUGAGAAACAGAGGUGUAUCGUGCUCUCUGCUUGAUAGGUUAGCGCACGUUGGUGUGUGCACUAGAAGCAGCAAAAGCAGACCCAUUCAGUGCCAAACCUAAAUAAUUGUUUUGCAUAUGUACUGAAAUAUUUAAAUGCACAAGUUGUCCCGAGUGAAGUAUAUUUUAGUAAAUAAUGACAUUUAUUGCAGAAGAACGUGUCAUAAUGCAUAUAUGCAGACAAAAACAGAUUCCACUGUUCAAAAAGAAACAUGCACACACACACACAUAUAUGUGUGUGUGUGUUUCUUUUUGAAAAGUGGAAUUUGUUUUUGUCCUUGUAACUGUGAAAAUAAUGCAUCCAUGCAGUAAAAUGUUCAGUGUUAACCUAACUGUUACAAAGUAGGCUACAUAUGGUCCCUCCUGGAAUGUGUUCUGUGUUAGAUUUGAAUUAACACUACACAUUUUACUGUGCAUUGCAGAACAUCAAUUAUUCUAUUCUUAAACAAAGCUUUACGUAUUACAUGGCAUGUAUUUGCUGUCAUAGUCUCUCGGUCAGUCAUACAGGUUUUUGUGUCCUGAAAAUUUUCAAAUUACAAAAUUAAAUUGAACUACACUAGGCAUAGUUAGGCUAUAACAUUUUUUUUUUAAAAUGCUUCUGCCCUGCUCACUCAGAAGAGUCUCAGUGGUGUAAAAUCCGUAUUGUGAUUGAUUCCUGAGCUGUAGACCAGGCCACUUGGCACGCGCUUUCAGUCUAGGCUCACAUUUCGGAAAACUCAGCAAUGAUUCAUAUCGAAAAGUGCAAUAUGGAUUAGGCAACGCUUUCAUUUUCCGAAGAGUUCAAGUGCAACAGUGGAACACAAAAUGUAUCCAUCAGCACUUGACGCAAUGGAUGGAUAGCAAGUUGGUCUAAGAAUCAGAUAACGGAAAUCUCUCAUUUGUGUUCGUUUGUAUUUUAUGGCACGGCAAUUUAUUUAGCAGUCUACGCUUUUUAUACCAAGUCAGCAGUGUUGAGACAGCUGCUUUGGCACCGAGUCCAGGACAUGUUAUACGCCUACCCGAUGACCAAACGUGGACAGCCUCCCGUCCAUGUCAAAAUGACGGGGUUCUGUAGGCGACAACAACUACCACGUUUGUUUUUACACUUGAAGGAUUGAUCAUAGCGACUGUGGUUGAAAUCUGCUCCUUGCUGCUCUUGGUAAAAAAGUAUCCUAACCUGCAGUAGGAUCCCCUUAACACUGAGCCGUGUGGAGGAUGACAUAGGCUCGGCGGCGGUUUCUGAUUGGUCCAGCAUGAUGGCUGGCUCCUCAGGGCAUUGCCCUCAGCUGCUGCGGUGCCAGGAGGCGGACUCCAGCCGAGCGUGCGGGCGCAUGCUGUCGCCCAUCUACGGUAGUGCCCUGCCUCCCCAGGCCGCCGAGCCCGGCGCCGUCUGCAUCCCGUCGCCCUACGUGGAGCGCAGCCACGAUUUCGCCGGCCUGGCCCUGUACAGCCCCCCCGUGCUGGGCUUCGGCGGCACCGACAGCCCCUCCCCGCGGCCGGCCUUCCUCUGGCCCCCUCACACCCGCGUGUCCCCGCUCACCCUGCACUGCCACCAGUCCCACCACCCGCGCACCGAGCCCUCCCACACCCCAUGGGCGGAGCCUAAGCCCCACUGCGCCCCGCCCAAGAGCAGCGAGCCCGAGGGGUGCCGGGCGCGGGACGGAGAGGAGCUGGGCGCCAGCUCCUCUGCGGGGGGUCCCUCGGAGAGGGUGGACGUGCACUUCUGCGCGGUGUGCGCGGACUACGCCUCGGGGUACCACUACGGAGUCUGGUCCUGCGAGGGGUGCAAGGCCUUCUUCAAGAGGAGCAUUCAGGGGCACAAUGAAUAUAUCUGCCCAGCGACCAACCAGUGCACUAUUGACAAGAACCGGCGCAAGAGCUGCCAGGCAUGCCGUCUUCGGAAGUGCUUUGAAGUGGGCAUGAUGAAGUGCGGCAUGCGGCGGGAGCGCGGGACCUAUCGGACUGGGCAGUUCCAGCGCCCGCCCCGAGCGCGGUGCUCCCGGGGGACCGGGACGGAGGCCUGCGUCCGACGGACCAGGGAGCUCGGCCCGUCCGUGCUCACGCCCGAGCAGCUGAUCUCUCACAUCAUGGAGGUGGAGCCGCCCGCCAUCUACCUGAUGGAGGAGGUGCAGAAGCCCUUCACCGAGGCCAGCAUGAUGAUGGCCCUCACCAGGCUGGCUGACAAGGAGCUUGUCUACAUGAUCAACUGGGCCAAGAAAAUCCCUGGUUUUGUGGAACUCGACCUAUUUGACCAGGUGCACCUGCUGGAAUGCUGCUGGUUGGAGGUGCUGAUGGUGGGUCUGAUGUGGAGGUCUGUUGACCACCCUGGGAAACUCAUCUUCUCCCCGGACCUCAUCCUCAAGGUGGAUGAGGGCAACUGUGUGGAGGGGAUCAUGGAGAUCUUCGACCUGCUGCUGGCUGCCACCUCCAGAUUCAGGGAGCUGAAACUACGGCAGGAGGAGUUUGUCUGUCUGAAAGCCAUGAUCCUCCUCAACUCCAUGUGUCUCUGCCUCGUUUGUGUCUAUUUGAAUAAAUGUGUGGCUGUUUUUGUGUCUUUCUCCUUUGUAUCUGUGUGUGCCUAUGUGUGUCUGUGCUUGUGUGUGUGUGUGUUUGCAGACAUGUACCUAGUCUCUCCUAACAGUGAGGAGGUGCUGCAGAGCCGGAACAAGCUGCUGUGCCUUCUGGACGCCGUGACCGAUGCUCUGAUCUGGGCCAUCGCCAAGACUGGCCUCAGCUUUCAGCAGCAGUCUGCCCGGCUGGCCCAUCUCAUCAUGCUGCUGUCACACAUCCGCCACAUUAGUAACAAAGGCAUGGACCACCUGCACUCCAUGACGAUGAAGAAGAUGGUGCCUCUGUAUGAUCUCCUCCUGGAGAUGCUGGACGCCCAUAUAAUGCACAGCAGCCGCAUAUCCAACCCCAUCCCCCCUGGCCCUGGCCCUGGCCCCGCCCCUCGUGACAGCGGCCCCUCCCCCCAGCCACCUCCGGACCAUGGCCCCGACCACUUGAACCGUGGCCCCUCCCCCCAGACACCAGCAUCCGCGCGGAUGACCCCGAGCCCUACCUCCCCAGCCCUUGUAACCCAGAGCAUACCCAUGGCAACUUCUGGGAGCGUCAGCGUCGAGAGCAGCACUGUGGAGAGCAGUGUGCCAGAGACUCUAGAGCCUGAGUGUUUGGCUGACGUCCCACCACAGAAGGUCCCAACAACAUCCUGGGGUCGAGACUCAGGCCCGCCCUGAACCAACCCCACCUUUCCCAAGAACCACCUGGGUUCCGUUGACCCACAGGAACCUGGGAGCUGGUGCACCUUCUCAAAACAAAGGAACUGUGGGGAACUGGAGGGGGGAAUAUCAAUCCAUUUGCCAUUUCUACAAAUCACCAAGGUCUUCUUUGUGAAAUCUGUCCUGUUAAUACAAAACCGAAUCCAUC